GCUCGCCCUCCCUCGUUCUCCCCAAAACCUGGCCCUGGCCCUGGGCUCUGGCCCGGGCCUGGAGUGGUCUUCGCGGACUCGCCACGUGGCCGGCGCUCACUGGCCCAAUAUCCUUUGCUCCGCCUGAACAACCCUUCGGAGUGCCACCGUGAGCGAAUGUCCUCUUCCGUCCAGUGCCAACUGUACAAAUGUCCGAGGCCUAGUCGGGGCUCGCUGCCAUGUCCGUGUACGCGGGUCUCGGUGGUCGUCCAGGUGCCUGAGUAUAAGUGUGGCGUCCGUGCUGCUUCGGAUUCUGAACUACGCGUGUGCAGUGAGUGCUGUACAGUUUUGUUUGUUGGUUGCAUCGUUUUUCUGAAUUCGAUCGUGGCUUCUUCGGAUUGCGAAAUUCGCUAUGGUGGAAGUCAGUGACAUUCAUGUGUACCCUGUCAAGUCAUGUCGUGGAAUUCGACUUCAGUCCGCCAAUUUGGCCUCCACUGGGCUAGCAUGGGAUCGACAAUGGAUGGUUGUAGAUCACAAGGGGAUGUUCCUUACGCAGAGGCAGUUUCCCACAUUUUCAAAAAUCGACAUAUCUCUGCCCAUCGAGGCUUUGGAUGAAAGCUGGAGGCCGCUCGGGCCCGAGUCUGCUCUAUGUUUGAAAGCUCCAGACAUGGAGCCUCUCUAUGUUCCUCUUUUGCCUGGCUACGAGAGGGAGAAAAUUCAGGUUACCGUCUGGGGGUGGACCGGAAACGCAUUCGAUGAAGGUGACACUGCCUCCCAGUGGCUCUCGAAGUACAUAGGAAAGCCGGGACUUCGCCUCGUGCGCUUCGACAACUUCAAUGAACAUCGAGAGACUGACCCCAAGUAUGCACCUGGUUAUAAGACUGCCUUCUCGGAUGGAUAUCCUAUCCUUAUAAUAUCCGAGGAAUCGUUGGAGUCACUCAACAGUAAACUCCAAGUACCUAUCCCUAUGAAUCGGUUUCGUCCGAAUGUCGUGGUGAAGGGUUGUGAUCCUUUUGACGAGGACUUGUGGCGGAAGUUUACAAUUGGUGAACACAGUUUUCAGGGAGUGAACAUAUGUCCACGAUGCAAGGUACCAACGAUUGAUCAGGAGACAUCCGCAGUGGGAAGAGAACCACUCCCUGCGCUAAAGAAGUUUCGGUCAGGCGCAGUCUUAGAAACUGGACCCGGUUCAAGGGGAGAGGUUUUCUUUGGACAGAAUGUCGUAUCAGAGAUCAAAGAAGGUGAACAUCGAACGAUUAGAAUUGGAGACAUGGUGCAGGUAGCUGUAAGGUCGACAUCUGUAGGCGAACUAAUGGCCGGACUUGUAUAAGCCUUUCAGUCACCCAACAACCCACUGACUCCACUCACGCAAACUGAUUCUAUGUAAAGAUACUACUUGUAAUGAUUUGGUUGACAAGCUUGGAACAGCCAGGGUACAAUCCUAGCUGUGGACGGAGCAGUAACCAGGAGGUGGUGGUCGAGAUACCUUCAUUUAAAAAAGGCUGGUAAUAAAUAUAUUCUUAUGUUACGUUGGUGUACGAAUCGUAAGAAGAUUUUGUUAUACGAGGUCAUCGUUGAAACAUUUGAUCGUACCGAAAAGAAUGCAGAUAUCUUGUCAUGUCACUAUAAUCUGUCAUGCCGAGGUUGUGAAUUCCGAAUCUUUGAAAAUUGCUGGAUAAGCCGACUGCCGAAUCAUGGCCUCAACUGGAGAUGCUGACAAUU